AUGGCUGAUCUGGAACUGUUUAAGUUUGAUGGACCGGCUCUGAGAGACGCGUCCCUGGGGUUGAGUUAUAAGCAACGUGUCCUGGAGGUCUGCAGCAGCGGAGGAGACACGCUCGAUCCCGGCGGAGGAGAGGGUCCAUGGACAGGGCUCCGGAGCGCGGCGCGUCCGGAGGAGGAAACAGAAACAUCCUUCACCUGCAGACACGGAGGGGAUGGAGACUCUGUCCAGCUGAGAGGGACUCAAACCUGCAACCAGACUCACUGCUCCUCACUGUACGAGGAGGAGGAGGAGGAGGAGGAAGAGGAGGAGGUGAUGGAGGAGGAGGAGGAAGAGGAAGAGGAGGACAUCCCGGAACUUUUCUUGCUGUCCGACGACGACCUCUCCUCCUCCGACGGCUCUGGGAAGUCGGUGGAUUACGGCUUCAUCAUCGCCGUCACCUGCCUGGUGACCGGCAUCUCUCUGGUCGCCAUCUCCUACACGGUGCCCAGGGACGUGCGCGUGGACCCGGACAGCGUGUCCGCCCGGGAGAUGGAGCGCCUGGAGCGGGAGAAAGCCCGGGUCGGGGCCCACCUGGACCGCUGCGUCAUAGCGGGACUGUGCCUGCUCACGCUCGGGGGCGUGCUGCUCUCCAGCCUGCUCAUGGUCUCCAUGUGGAAGGGGGAGAUGAUGCGGAGGAAAGCCUUCGCCUACUCCAAACACGCUGCCAACUUGUACGGAUCCAUGAGCCUGAGAGCAGCCUCCGGGCUGGAGGACUCCUGCUCGCAUCUGUCGGUGGUGGAUGAGGAUCUGGAGGCGCUCAGCUGA